CGGCAGCGCCGAAGAACUCUACCCAGUACGGAUUCCGGACGGCAGUUGGCAGAGCAAGUACUUCACUUCUUGAUCCCAGUUGUGAUUCUCGAAUGUCAACGUUGGGACUGCUUUGAAGAAGCCUAAUAGCCCCGGUAACUACCUUAGUUCGUCGCUUUGCUCUCCUUUUCCAUUUUUUCGCUGAAUUGCGAUGGAGUAAGUUUUACGAAUUCCCAGCGAGAAUGAAGUUUCGAUUGUUCCACAUGAAUCGAGGAGUUGGGAAUUGAACGUUAGGGAGAUUAAAGAAGGGGGAAAGUAGAGGGGAUGGGAGGGAGUUGAGCUUGUGUCCACAAGGUGUUCGAUCAUUUGCCUGAACGAGUUGAACUAGUAGCUUUUACGAUGGUUUACUUGUACCAGUCUGGUCUCCAGUUAGGAUCUCGUAGUUUUGUGACGUCUUCGAUUGGGAUGGAUUGUUACUUUUUUGCCUCCUUUCUCGAGCUUGAACUAGCCUCCUGCUGAUCUUUUCUUAUGGUUCCCCUUCCCUGUCCAUUCUAAAGGCAUAUAUAGUGUUUCUGUUUCAUAAACCAAUUGGUUUAUAAUGUUCAGUACUUCUCUUUUGAUAUCGAAUUCCCUUGAUUUCUGUUAACUUUGCAGAUUUCUGAAAGGCCCUUCGCCAAAAGUUCAAACCUUCCAAUUCAACAACCCACCAAAAUGUCUCUUCGUAGACCACCCUCGCCAAGAAUGGUACUCGACAAUGUCUCCUGCAUGAGAAACGCACAGCAAAUCCUCCGCCACGUCAAUGUCUCGGUCCAUGACGGCAGUGCCAUCGUGCUAACGGGCACCAACGGCUCAGGCAAGACAACACUCCUGCGCAUGUUAGCAGGAUUCACCAAACCAUCUGCGGGCCAGGUCCUGUGGAAUGGACAUGACAUAACAAACUCGGGAGUCUUCCAGCAGUACAAGCUUCAACUCAACUGGCUCUCGCUGAAAGACGCCAUGAAAGACAGGUUCACGGUCUUGGACAACGUGCAGUGGUUCGAGGUCCUCGAGGGGAAACACGGCAAAUCGCUGCCUGCUCUCGAGUUGAUGGGGCUGGGACGAUUGGCGAACGAGAAGACGAGGAUGCUGUCUAUGGGACAGCGGAAGAGGGUGCAGCUAGCUAGAUUGCUGGCUAUGGACCGCCCCAUCUGGUUGCUCGACGAGCCGUCUGUGGCCCUGGAUGACGAAGGGGUGAAGCUGCUGGAGUUCAUAAUUGCGGAUCAUAGGAAGAAAGGCGGGAUUGUGUUUGUGGCGACUCAUCUGCCGAUCAAGAUGGAAGAUGCUACGUAUCUCAGGCUGCCACCGAGGUUCCCCAGAAGGAUGACAUUUGUGGAUAUGCUGGAUCGUGCUGACAUUGAGUGAAAAGAACAAGAAUUGGAAUAUAGAUUAGCACUGUUAAACUUAACAUCCAAAUCCGUGUUUUUGGGUGGGGAGGGUCUAAUCCUGAGUUUCACAUCAUACCUAUUUCCUAUGAUGGUUGUUCUGUCUUUGGCUCUUGAUUCCCUUGAACAAUUCGUGCUGGAUUUUGGUUCCUGGGGGGUUUCUCCUCGUUGACAAUGAAAUGAGGAUUAGAUCGUGGAUUUUAAGAUGCCAUCUUAUCCUUAAUUAUUGAGGUCUUGGAAUGUUUCAGUACUUAAUCCUGUGCUGUUGACGAUGGAUUCUGUCCUUUUCAGGUCUUGUGGUGGAUUGGGAAAAUGACAAAUAAUAUAUUCGAGAUUUUAUCAGGUCAGUUUUUUCCUCCAAACAUAUGCAGCUCUAGGAUUUAUUAGUUGAAUUACAAGUCGAUUUCGUGCGCAAAUAGAUUAAUGAUGAGUUUAUAAAUCGAAUACGUGUGAACAUUAAUUUAUAAGAAUUGCGAAGAUUUGUUAAGAUACGAAUUCAUGACUAACCGUUUAUGAUUGAAGAUUAUGCAUUAGAUAUUUAGAUCUGGUACCGUAUAUAUUCGGUUUAUCCUAUAACAUAAAUCUGAUCUCUCUUUUUAUUCUUUUGGCUUGUGAUUUGGUAAUUGAUAAAUUGUAGUGGAAAGCAAGUAUAGUUUUGGGCAAGGCAAAGAGAAUCUUGUUAAACAAAGAUGAACGCUAUCA